CAGUCUUCCGGGUCGUUGAAGAGCGCCGCGCCGACUCCCCCGCGCGCUAGUCGAAGCCGAGGAGCGAUGGUGCUCGGACCUGGCGGAUACGAGGGUGUUUCGCGAUUGUCGCAGGCGCAGAUGAAAUGCCGGGGAACAUGAGCAAAGAGGACGCCCCGAGCCGGAGCGCUUCUUUGACCUUCACCAUCGACCACAUCCUCAACCUCAAGCAGCAGGUCGGCGGAGACUUUGGGUCGAAGGCGCAGAGGAACAGUGGAUGUACGAAAGAUGAAGCGGAGCAGGAGGCGGUGCGGAGCGCCAGGAGGCGGCAUCGCAGCGGAUCAGAGGACGCAGUGAAGACCAGAAUCCACCGAGCGGAGCGCGCGGGAAACACGCCGCCGCUGCCCGCCGCCACCAGCCCCGCGGCGCACAGCGCGCGCGGCUCGGAGGACUCGUCCGAGCCGCAGCCGCAGCCGCAGCCGCAGCAACAGGCGGCCGACGCUAAAGCCGCGGUGAAGAAGAAGACGCGCACCAUCUUCUCCAAGAGACAGAUCUUUCAGCUCGAGGCCACGUUCGACGUGAAGCGCUACCUGAGCAGCUCGGAGCGCGCGUGCCUCGCCGGCUCGCUGCAGCUCACCGAGACGCAGGUCAAAAUCUGGUUCCAGAACCGCCGCAACAAGCUGAAGAGGCAGCUGUCGACGGACGCGGAGGGCCCGCCGGCCGCCGAGCACUUCUCUGAGGCAGCGAAAAAUGUGCAAUUACCGACUUUUUACCAGGACAGCAGCCUUCUGGGUGGAUGCUUUUUACCCAUGCCUUUCCCUGUCGUGUACCCGACUGCAAACUCCGCGCCUUACAUUUACUUCUCCAACACUGGCAAAUACUUGGGCCUGUUUGAUGCGGACUGAUGGAUGCGAGUGUGAGGACAGUUGGACGAGAACAGUCACCGGUGUUCCCUUGAUUUGGGCUUUAGACGAGCCUGUCACUUUUCCCCUUUGUUUUAGUUCAAAGACAAAUCAACUAACUCGAGAAAUGCAUGUGCCACUUUUUGCCUUCCCCAUUAUCAUUAUUGUUAUUGUUAUUACUACAUUUUUUAAAUAUACAUGAUGCAUUUAAGUUCCUGAGCAGUUUUAUUUUGCGCACCAGCACCAUCUUCAUGAAUGUACAUGUCUUUUGGAGUAAAGCUGCAGCAACGCUCCGCAAUAAAACAUCUUCAUUUGAAGUUUUAACAAUUUACAGCGCAUCAACACUUCGUUUGUAUUUAUAAGGCCUUAUGGUAUUAUUAUUGUUGUAAAUUAAACAUUUGUGUGUUUUCACUUGAUACUUCAUACAACAGAACUAAACUGUGUUUAUACAGUUAUGUUACAACAACGAUACAUUUUGCAAUAAAACGUUAAUAUUUGACUUUGUCAGCGUGUUAACUAGAUCAGAACGAUGCAGAACGAAUGGAACGUCAUGUUUUUUUAAAGCGAGUACCUCUCGGUUUUUAUUAGGAAAUUAACCCAGAGUCAAGUUGUAUCGGAGGAAGUGUUAUGUCAUUAGGUGGGAACAGUCUCCUGCAGGCCCAGACUCGUUAAAACCUAAAGUUGACAGCUUCCGUACGUUUCCUAAUUUGGACAGAAAUUUACUUCACUACUUUACUAAAAUUAAGGCUGAAAUCACAAACUCGUUUACGCCAAUAUCACGCUUACCUGCAUGUGUUAUUGUUCUCGCUAAAGCAGUUUAUACCUAGAACAGAUUUAUUUAUUGUUAGUUUCUGUGCAACUUUAAAGCGUUUUGAUAGCAAAAAGUUAAAACUCAGGAUUGUGAACGCCUCUGACCGCUGCCACGUGUUUAUUCUUUGCGCAUUUUGUUCAAAACAUUUUUUAUCCACAAUUUUUUUUAUUUGUUUGAGAUGUUUAAAUGUUUUAAGUGAAUGACAACAUUUCUUAAUAAAGCCAUCAUGUACCACUUUUUUCAGGCUGCAAAAUGCCCGAAAAAAACUAAAAAAAUGUAAACAAGACGAUAAAAGCGUUUUCAACUUAAACGUAUUAUUUAUAAUUAUAAAAUACUACUUCACAAAAAGAAAUUUUUACCAAUUAAAAAUGUUCCUUAAAGUUUUUUUUAGAGUUGCGGCAGUUUAAAU